UUUCUUGGAGAGGACGGAUUCGUGAUACAGCACAUCCACAAGCCAAGGGAAGCGAGCUUCGAGAUAAAAAUGGUGAUAACGGUCGGAGAAGCUUCUCUUUCUCCCCUCUGUUACAGUCGUCUCCACUGCAAAAACUCUUAUAGAUUCAGAAGUUGCUUCGCCCGAGCUAGUAUCUCUAUCCAGAGAAGACCCAACAACACUCACUCGUGGAAUCCUGGGCACCUCUCAACCAGCAAUGACGCAGCAAAUUUUGAUCCCUUGGGUAUUAACUCGGAUUUAUCUUCUGCUCUGAAUUCUUCUUGGGAAAAUUUGGUGUGCCUGUUUUCACAAACGUUUCAGAGUUCUUCGAGUACUGAAAAGGGAAAACCUAACUCUUCCAGAGGUGUAGCAGCUGCAAUAGAGGAUAGUUCAAUUGAUUUUGGGGACUUCUUCAAAGGUCCAUUACCAGGAAAAUUUCUCAAGCUUUUAGGACUUCUUGCUUUGUCUAGGCUCGGUGUAUACAUACCACUGGGUGGGGUUAAUAGGGAUGCUUUUGUUGGCAAUUUGGACCAGAACAGUUUAUUAAGCACUCUGGACUCUUUUUCUGGUGGAGGUAUUGGCAGACUUGGGGUAUGCUCCCUUGGCAUUGUCCCCUUCAUUAACGCCCAAAUCGUGUUUCAACUUCUUGCACAAGUAUAUCCCAAGCUGCAAGAUCUUCAAAAAAGAGAAGGUGAGGCAGGAAGAAAGAAAGUUCUUCAGUACACACGAUAUGCCUCAGUUGGAUUCGCUGUUGUACAGGCAAUCGGUCAAGUACUAUACCUACGUCCUUAUGUCAAUGACUUCAGUGCACAGUGGGUUCUAUCUUCUGUUGUCUUAUUGACUCUUGGAUCUGUAUUUACAACAUAUAUUGGUGAGCGAAUUUCGGACCUAAAACUUGGGAAUGGCACAUCGCUUUUGAUAUUCACAAACAUUAUCUCCUACUUGCCUGCCUCGUUUGGAAGGACAUUUGUACAAGCAUUUAAUGAUGCUAACUACGUUGGACUCAUCACCUUGAUUGUGUCCUUCUUUUUGUUGGUUCUUGGUAUUGUUUAUGUUCAGGAAGCAGAGAGAAAGAUUCCUCUUAACUAUGCUUCAAGAUACACAAGCAGAAGCAGAGGACUUGAUAAAUCUGCUUACCUACCCUUUAAGGUAAAUAGUUCUGGAGUGAUGCCGAUCAUAUUUUCUACGUCAUCAUUAGCCCUUCCUGGUACUUUGGCACGUUUCACUGGCAUAAAUGCUCUGAAGAAAGCUGCACUGGCUUUGAAUCCUGGGGGUUCCUUCUAUCUGCCAAUGAACAUCCUUUUAAUAGGAUUCUUCAACUAUUAUUACACUUUCCUACAACUGGACCCUGAUGAUUUGAGCGAACAAUUGAAACGUCAAGGUGCAUCAAUUCCACUUGUCCGACCAGGAAGAACUACAGCCCUCUUUAUCAAAACAGUUCUUAGUCGAAUAUCAGUUCUCGGUUCAACAUUUCUGGCGAUUUUAGCUGCCGGACCAGCUGUUGUUGAGCAGGUUACGCACCUGACUGCAUUCAGGGGAUUUGCUGGAACAUCUAUUCUUAUUCUUGUUGGUUGUGCGACAGACACAGCAAGAAAAGUUGAAGCAGAGAUUAUAUCCCAGAAGUACAAGAACAUAGAAUUCUAUGACUUCGACAAGUAUUGACCAAGAAAAAAGAAUUGUUUGUGACUGAAAACACGGAGGUACGACACAUGAACUUGCAAAAAGAUAUGCUCUUUGAUUUAGGCUUGUAAAUAAUGCUGUAGAGCAGGCAGGCGUCAUCUUUUUGAUACUUUUUUUCUUGGUAACUUUGGUUCCUUUUCAAUUUACAACGAUGGUAACCAGAAAGGUAAAAAGAAUAUCUUCUCCAGAGAUUGAUCAUAAAAUCGAUCAUGUUGCGCA